AUGGUAUUUGAGCAUUGGUUUCCCAGAUACGUACUCCGACUUAAUCAUACUGACACUGGAUUCUUACGCUUAUGCAAUCAGACUUUUCAGUCUUUGAGUCAAGCAAAGUAAAAUGUCAGGAAGUGAAAGAAUUGCUCGAAGCAGAGCCAAAUCCCACAGAGAUCAUGCCAAGGACGACGAUGACUUGGACGGCGUUGAUCUCCGUCAGACACAGCCUCCCAAAUUGAUGCCACCGUGCAGAGAUUCCAGAACCAGAAACCACCACACCUCAGUCGGAACUUCCAACUCCGUCGGUCUCAAACGCACGCUAGGGCUUGGCGUGUUCGCCUUCUUCGUCGCCAUGCUUUUGAUCCUCGACCUCUUAAACCGUUUUCCAGGUCCUAGGGUUCUUACGCCCUUCACUGCUUCCUCAAAGCUCAUGGAAACCCCUCACCCUCAGUUUUUUGAAGGUGAUGAGGAGAAUACCAAGGAGAGCUUGUAUUGGGGAACGUAUCGCCCUCGCGUUUAUCUCGGAAUCCGUGCCAGGACUCGUCGAUCUUUGAUUGCCGGAUUAAUGUGGAUUGGUAUGAAGGACGGGCAAUAUUUGUUGCGCCAUGUUUGCCAAGAUUCUGAUGAGCUGAGCAUAUAUAGUUGGAAACAUCGUAAAGACCAAAACUUGGGACAUCAAGUCAUUGUUGACCACGACAUGAACUUGGCCACAAGUUUCUUCCAAUCUAAGGGGGAAGACAGCGGCUAUGGAGGAGAUUGGGCAGUUCGAGUUGAUGUGCGAAGCCAAAAGCCUAAGGGGAACGAGGAAUUUCGGACAAAUGCGGAUCUUUUUUUUUAUUUGGCUGAUGAAGAUGGAAAUGCUCUAGCUUUAGGUGGAGAUACAUUGGGCGUUCAUAAGAAUUAUUUCCUUGCAUCUGGUUUACGUACAGAUGUUGGAAGUUGGCAGCUACAUUUAAAAUCAUUGGAUGAUUUGGAAGUUCAUUAUUUAGGUCUUAAGAUGCCUCGUAUUCACAAUUUAUCUGAUCUUGUCCAGGAAUAUAUUGGACCACAGCUAAGGAAGUUUGGUCGAGUGCAGCUACCUGACGUAUCUGAUGAUUCUCCUAAUAUUCUAAUUUUUCAGAUUUCCGCAAGGAUACCCUUCAAGACUGAUUUUGCAUACAUAUCCGGAACUGAUUUGGAAAGUUUAAGAGUAGAACAACGUGUCAGCGGCCUCACAGGUACCUCACUGACCAGUCAACUGAUGGCAAAACAAAGAGAAUUCAACACAAAAUUUGACAAGAGCUUUAAUCUGUCUAACAAGGUAGAUCAAGUCACCAAGUUCGAUCAGCAUGCUCCUCCCAGUUUGGCUAAGCAGGUUAUGAGCCAAGCUCGCAGUUUUAUCCAGAAAAAAUGGGAACAGACCCAAAGAUUAGCAAAGGAUGCUCAAACUGGGGACACACGCACGGUUAUUCAUUCUGCAGCUACCGAAUAUAAACAGCAUCUCUUAAACCAAUCUUCAAAGUUGUGGAUGGACCACUACCCUAAAGUCCAGAGCGUGAUGAAGAAGACUGCCUCAGCAGCUGCGUACUGGUCCACAAAAUACAACCACAUGGUAAAGAACUUGACCCUGAUGGGUUAUAACAUAUCAAGCUUUGGUUCCGAUAGAUGAGAUGGGCUUUUCCAAAAGCCUAUAAGCAGGACGAGGCACGAAGAAAGGAAAUGCAGCUAUGCUUUUCGAGCAUAAACUCGUUCAGAUUGAAAUCUUCGCUUGUUUGAAUUUCUUUUGCUACUUCUAAGUUCAAUCUGUAUGGUAUAAGUUAUUUUAGUAUGGGGUUUGUGGGUGAGGACGAAGUGUGUGAAUAGUUGUAACGAGAGAAUCCAGAAAUUCUAAGCUUUUCUUGCA